GGCCAGCAAAGCCCAAGGGGCUGGUGGGCGGGGGCCCGGCCGGAGUUCCGCAGCUGUCAGUGUCUCCUGGAGCCCGCGGGCCCCCCCUUGGCCCCGAGACCCCGGCAUGGUGCGCGCGGCCGCGGUGGGGUCUCCUCUCCCCGCGUCUGGCUUGGACAUGUUCGGGGACCUGAGAAAGAUGAACAAGCGCCAGCUCUACUACCAGGUCUUAAACUUCGCCAUGAUCGUGUCUUCUGCGCUCAUGAUCUGGAAGGGCUUGAUCGUCCUCACCGGCAGCGAGAGCCCCAUCGUGGUGGUGCUGAGUGGCAGCAUGGAGCCGGCCUUCCACAGGGGCGACCUUCUGUUCCUCACAAACUUCCAGGAAGACCCGAUCAGAGCCGGCGAAAUCGUGGUUUUCAAGGUGGAGGGCCGAGACAUUCCGAUAGUUCACAGAGUAAUCAAGGUUCAUGAAAAAGAUAACGGAGACAUCAAGUUUCUGACCAAAGGCGAUAAUAACGAAGUCGAUGACAGAGGCUUAUACAAGGAAGGCCAGAACUGGCUGGAGAAGAAGGACGUGGUGGGAAGAGCCAGAGGGUUUUUACCAUAUGUUGGUAUGGUCACCAUAAUAAUGAAUGACUAUCCAAAAUUCAAGUAUGCUCUUUUGGCCGUAAUGGGUGCAUACGUGUUACUGAAACGGGAAUCCUAAAAUGAGAAGCAGUUCCUGGGACCAGAUCGAAAUGGAUUCUACUGAAAAAGAGAAAAACUAAUAUAUUCGAAAUGUUCCACUUUCUGUAUAAAAGGGAAACAAUGUGGAGACGUUUGUGUCUUGUCCAAAUAAAUGACUCCUCCGUACA